GAUGCGAGAUUAACAAAAAAGAUGGCGUCUCGUAGCCAUGUGGAUGUGAAUGAAAGAAGAUUGAGACCAAUUUAUGAUUGUCUAGAUAACGGAAACAACAAGAAAGCAAUUCAAGAAGCGGACAAAGUAUUGAAGAAACAGAAGGAUUUACAAUGUGCAAAAGUACUCAAGGCUCUUGCUUUACUGAGACUGGGACGACAUGAUGAAAGUUCUGUGUUGCUGAAGGACAUACAUGCUCAAAACCCAACAGAUGAGGCCACGCUUCAGGCCAUGUCCAUCUGCUACAGGGAGGUCUAUAAAUUGGAACUUAUUGCUGAUCUUUAUGAAAAUGCUCACAAGCAUCGACCGGACAAUGAAGACAUUUUGUCUUCAUUGUUUAUGGCAUAUGUCCGACUUGGAGACUACAAGAAACAGCAGCAGACAGCCAUGACAUUACACAGGCUGCAGCCCCAGAAAAACCCCUACUACUUCUGGGCUGUUAUGAGUAUUGUGAUGCAGGGUCACCAAGAUGAGAAGUUAGCCAAAGGCAUGUUUCUUCCUCUCGCUGAGCGAAUGACCAAAAAAUAUAUCGAUGAAGAAAAGAUAACUGCAGAAGCAGAGGUACAGAUAUAUCUCAUCAUUCUAGAACUUCUUGAGAAGUGGGAGGAUGCUUUGAAAGUUGUUGAAGGGUCACUUGGAGCAAAACUUACAAGUGAAUUCAACUUUCGAGAAAAUAAAACAGCAGACCUUUAUGCCAAAUUAGAGCGAUGGCCACAAGUCAACAGAGAGUACAAGAAACUUCUCAAGGACAGCCCAGACCACUGGAAUAACUGGCAGGAUUAUAUCCGUUCCUGUCUACAUCUGGUCGAGGCUAGCUGGACACCAGAUAAAGAUAGUGAAGAAGACAUUGACUACACAGAGGACAUGGCUGCCACGUUUAUUCAGGAGACUAUCAAGCAGUGUGAAGGUGGCCGUCCCCAGAGGGGUCCUUAUUUGGCCCAGUUAGAACUCAUCAGGCAGAUGAAGGAGAAAAAUCGGUGGAAAACAGACAAUACUGAAAGUGAACAAUUUGGGGAUCCUCUACAGCUACUCCAACGGUACUACGACUUAUUUGGAGAUAAACCAUGUUGUUUUGAGGAUAUGAAAACAUUUACUAAACUUCUAACGGAGGACAAAGAAACAAAGCUGAUAUCCAUAGUAACAGAAUCUGUCGACUUACCCAUACAGGAGGAGUCCAUAGGAUAUGCCUCUAGUGUAAAACAGAUGCAACGUCACAUCACACUACUGCAGCUGAUGCGAUACAUGGGGUACUACGACAAACAGUCGACAGAGGAAAGGCUGAUCUUAGUGAAGGAAUACAUACAGCGCUAUCAUCAUGGUCUAAGCUAUGGUACAGAACUGUUAAGUACAGACCUACAGUACUGUGAUAACUACCUCCUGUUAGCCGUGCUGCUGCUGCUUGAUAUCUGGAGGGAGUCUAAAAGCGACUCUCUCGUAUGGCAGGCAAUAGUGCAGUUAGAAAAAGGCAUUAAAAACAGUCGGUCCAACUUUCAUAUGAAGUUAAUCCUGAUGCGUCUAUAUUGUAUCAUGGGGGCAUAUGGUCCUUGUCACACAGUUUACGAGUCCAUGGAGGUGAAACAUGUGAUGAACGAUACCCUCGGGCAUACGAUAGCCAACCAUGUUGGGCGCCUGGGACAUUUUGUUGCAGCCUGUGCUAUGUAUGGGACGAUGCUGCGCUUUUUUGCAGUCAACCAUAAAGAGACAGCUGAGUAUUUGAUAGCCUCCUACAAGUACGGUUCUUUUAGCAAGAUUCAUGAAUUUGUGAAAUUCCGUGAGCGGUUACAAAAGUCUUUACAGUAUUCAUCUGCAAUGACUGAGAGUAUGCUGUUGGAUUUGGUGCUAGAAACCUCAAACCAUUUAAGCACAGAACAGAUGGUGAUAUAUAUGGAAAUUGAUCCAGAAAAAGAAAAAAAUGGAUAUGAUGAUCUUUGUGAUAAUAGGGAUUUCUCUGUCAUGGAAUCCUGGGAACCUCACUCAAGGUGUAGGCUUGAAGAGGCUAAACUACAUUCUCGGAAGGAAGAGAUACUAUGGUUAAAGGUGAGAAAGUUGACGUUACGGAUCCUCACAGCCAGUGUGAUGGUUGGCCAACAAUGUGUCAAAUCAGACAGUCAUACCAACAACGGAAUUAAAAAUGACAAAAAACCUCCACAUGAGGUCCUCACUGAUCUCCUUUCACAACUGUCCCAACACACAGAUUCUUGUAAGGAGUUCUCCACCCCGUAUCAGUACCCUGUCCACGGUCCAUUCAGGACACGAUUGUGUUCAUAUCUCAGUGAACGUCACUGCGAAGCUUUCACAGAUAUGAUCAGUAAUGUGAUGUAUGUUCACCACCUAUACGACAAUGGCCUAGAUACAAUAGACAACGAAAAAGAAGAAAAAUUUAGAACGUCUGUACCAGAUUUAAUUAGUGGUUUAAUAUCCAAGCACAAAGGUAGUGUGGUGACAGAUGGAGAAAACCGUAUCAACACAAGUAUUCUGGAAAACUUAGUCCUUAUAGCUGAGACCUUCUCCCAUGUUACGGUUCUGGUCGGAGUUUGUCAUCGGAUCCUCAAGCCUUUAAAGAGUCAGUGGAACAAAAAGAGUAAAAAGAGAAAAGGAGUGCCAUUGGAGGCUCCUUGUACGUUCGGGAGCUACAGCCAGAUGGUGGAAGGUUUAGACAAGGCAGCCAAGGAGCUACACCAAGCUAUCAGGGACAUGGAUCCAGUGUUUCUGACUCUCGACCUAAGCAAGCUCAACCUUACACAAAGUCUAUGUGAAAAUGAGGAAGACAGUGCUAUUGAAAAAGAGAUGUGGUGUAAGGUUGAAAACAGCUACCAGGUGUCGGCACGAGAAGUCACAGAAUUUCUCCACAACAAAAUGCAGUACUUGGGCACACUACGACUGUGAUAUGCAUAAUAUAAUAUAAACUUGAUGUGUGUGUUUGUAUACAGACACAAGGACAAUCAGACUAACGCCAGUAUACUGCCAACUGUUCCACAGAUACAUUGUCAGAUUUCAGCGGGGCUAUUUUACCAUUGUAGUACAGAUUACUGACAGUGUUUGUGGCCCCCCAGUUUUAUGGGGGUCACAUAGUGUUAGCAAUGUCUGUCUCAUCCUGUAACAUCCCGUCCCAUCCCGUUCCAAAUCAGUGACAUAUCUUGAGAAACCUGGAACAGAUUGGGGUUCAUCUAUUAUUUACACCAUUGUAUCAUAACAUCUAACUCUACACCUGGUCACAUUCUGGUGGUCAAGGUUAAAGGGUCAAAGGUCAAAGAUCUUUGACCCUCUUCUGCACGGAAUGCAUUGUUGCAUAGGUAGCAGGAGCAUUUAUGUUUUAAAAACGUUUUCUAGUUUUUGGUAUAUGUACAGCCAUUGUCAACAUUCUACCAUAUAAAGUAAUAUAAAACUAUGUGAAGAAUUCCUUCUGAUCUCUGUAUUAUUUAGAACCUUGGUGAUAAGGAGUAACCCUUUUUAUCCUGUUUGUGUGCCUGUAAACCAAGAAUUAGUCUGUUAUCAUUGUGAAAAAUGUGAAUGGGUUAUGAAUAUAGAAAGAUUCUGAUUUCAAUUGUCACCAAUAUUUUUUUAAUGCAAUUGGAUAUACAUUAUAUAAACUACAUCUCCCAACUCAUAUAAAGCAAUAUCAUAGAUGCAAAUAUUUAGAUGAUGUUAGGGUGUUCUAGGAAUGUGUUUAACAACUGCUACAUUUAUUGUAUCGAAGAUGUUUCACCUCCAACAGCUUAAACACUGUUAAAAGUAUAUGAACUGCAGCACCGAUGUGCACGGUACCAAAAGAGAUAUAUUUAUAAUUAUAAUUAACGCACACACAAAAAUGAAAGAUGGCCUAUAAGACUGAUACUUGCAUAACAAAUAUUGGGGCCAGGCACAAUAGAUUUUUUUCUGGAAAAAAUUAAAGAUGAUUAUUCAUUUGAACUUUAAAGAAUAUAAUAAGCUAAACCUUUUAUAGGAUGGCAAUAGCAUAAGGAUGUAACUUGUUAUAGUAUAAAAAUAAACAGCAAUCUGCUCCUGCUUUCAUUUGAUGAUUUUUGUCAGAGAUGAAGCAUCAUUUAAUGUAGAUUUAAAUGAUAAAUAUUCUUUUCAACCAGAUAUUUUUUUCAAAUGUUCAUGACGUAUGGAAGUAGUUGGUUUCAGGCAGAAUGGAUAUAAACAAUACAAAAUGUCAAUUCAGUUUACCUUGUAAUAUACAGUUUUCAAAAUGAUACAGUUUUCAAAAUGAUACGGAAAGGUGAUGCUUAAGAGAGUUAAAAUAAAGAAACAAUCAUUGUACCAACAGUACUAUAUAGCUAUUGUUAGGGCUAUUCCAUUGAAAUAUCUAACUGAUGCCGGGACUCCACAUUAAAUCACUUCUAUCCCAAACCUGGAGUCCUGGGGUGGGGUAGAUGUUUUACUAGAAAAGCCCUUAUUAGUAUUUACCAGGUGUAUUGGUGUAACAGAACGACGUCUGUUUUUGCCGACAGUGCUUUGUGUUUUAGAGUAUUGAACAAGUACUGUUACCAUUAUAUAUAUUUAGAAUGUUUGUGUAUUAAUUUUAUAGUACUUUGUAAAAUUGUCCUGUUAGUAACUGACAGUGUUUUUAUGUUACAUUCAUAAACAUGGACGAUAUCAUAUUGCAUUUAUAAACGUGGAUUAUCGUCGGUGAAUAUUAGUAUAGGGUACAUUUCAGUGGACACUGUUAAAGAUACUACAUCGCUGACAACUUAUAAAAUACCUUGUCAUGAAAAUACAUAAAUGGCACCCAGGGUAAGGAAAUAUAUCCAUUUGACGAAAUAAAAACAAAAAUAAAGAUGGCGUUCUUAAAAAAAUUAUUGCCUAGAUAUAAAGCUGAAAGUAAUGUACCUGAUAAAGAGGCAGAGUACAUAGAAUUUCUUCGGAUGCAAUUGAUUAUUAUCUCUUCAUUUCAAAUUUAGAAUAUGAAAAUAGAAUCUCAAACUUUUGGAGGGCGGUAGUAGCAUAUGGUACAUACAUAUUAGUGCUAUGUAAAAACACAACAGCCUAUUUUUGAAUUCAAUUGAUCACAAUUACUCUUUUUCGAUGAUGCAGCAUCUUUGACAUUUAAAGGGCCGCGGUGGCAAAGUGGUUAAGGUAUUCAACACUUUAUCACUAGCCGUCCACCUCUGGGUUGCGAGGUCGAAACCUACGUUGGGCAGUUGCCAGGUACUGACUGUAGGCCGAUGGUCUUUUUCCAGAGUACUCCGGCUUUCAUCCACUUCCAAAACCUGGCACAUCCUUAAAUGACCCUGGCUGUUAAUAGGAUGUUAAACAAAAACAAACAAAACAAACAAAUCUUUGAGAUUUAUAUUUGCAGUCCCCGCUAUAUGAGUUUAAACUGUAAUAAUGUAUUCCAUAUACAGUAGUGUCAGAAUUAAUACAUAAAUAAUUAAAGAGGGUAUAAAAACAAGUACUGGAUACUUACAUCAAUUUGUCUCCUCAAGAGAUAUUAAUAAAAUGAUUUAGAAAUGUAAAGUGAUGAAAGAAAGUAUCCACAAUGUUUUCUGUUCCACUGUGACAGAAUGGUUUGAUAUCUACUGUUUAGACAAAAAUGUUGAUCACUGGAUUGUGAAAAAUGAUUCUCAAUUAGUUUUUUGGCAAAUUGUGUAUCUAUCCAUUACUGAAGCAUUGAUGCAGCUACAUUUAGAUUGUGUAGGUCAGGUACAGGCCAUUUUAACCUUGUUUGACCUUGAGUUAGGGAGGUCUGACCUAUUAUUGUUGGUCCAGCUGUCCAGGUUUAGAGAACAGCCAGCCUCCUGGAGUACGUUGGUAAUUUUUUGAAUUUUAAACGUUGGAUCUACAUAUAUCCCUGUGUUCGGUUUAGCAUAUCGGAUGUGAGAUGUGUAAACAUCUAGUUUGGUAAAAUGCUGACGUGGACUAAAAAUAUUUUUUUAAAUUAUCUGGAUUAUACAUAUAUAUAGGUCAUGGCGUUAGUCUUAAUACAGUGAUUUAGUGUUGCGACAUAUAAUCAUGAAUUGAUGUCCAAACCAAUAUAUAGGGUAAAUUCUUAUUGGAUUUUCUUGGUUUCAUAUUCUGUUAUAGGAGUACUGGGGUUGGUUUGUUUGUCCGUCCCUCAGAGUUUUGAACCAAUGGAUUUACAUUUACAUGUAGGAGAGAAAGAUAAGAAAUGAUGACUGUCUUUGUUUUGUAUUAUAAGGCUAGUGUAGUUGGUACCUAAUGCUGUGACAAUAACCAGAAGCAUCUACUACUAAAAGCAUGUUGAGGAUUGGUCUGAUUUGAUAUUAAAUAGGUUUUGCUCAGAUUUGACUGUCAUGAAUAUGGAUAUUGUAUGUUAUGACUGUCAUGAAUAUGUAAAUUGUAUGUUAUGACUGUCAUGAAUAUGGAAAUCGUAUGUUAUGACUGUCAUGAAUAUGUAAAUUGUAUGUUAUGACUGUCAUGAAUAUGGAUAUUGUAUGUUAUGACUGUCAUGAAUAUGGAAAUCGUAUGUUAUGACUGUCAUGAAUAUGGAAAUUGUAUGUUAUGACUGUCAUGAAUAUGGAAAUUGUAUGUUAUGACUGUCAUGAAUAUGGAUAUUGUAUGUUAUGACUGUCAUGAAUAUGGAAAUUGUAUGUUAUGACUGUCAUGAAUAAGAGAAUUGUAUGUUAUGCCUGUCAUGAAUAUGUAAAUUGUAUGUUAUGACUGUCAUGAAUAUGUAAAUUGUAUGUUAUGACAGUCAUUAAUAUGGAAAUCGUAUGUUAUGACUCAUGAAUAUGGAAAUCGUAUGUUAUGACUGUCAUGAAUAUGGAAAUUGUAUGUUAUGACUGUCAUGAAUAUGGAAAUCGUAUGUUAUGACUGUCAUGAAUAACGAAAUCGUAUGUUAUGACUGUCAUGAAUAUGGAAAUUGUAUGUUAUGACUGUCAUGAAUAUGGAAAUUGUAUGUUAUGACUGUCAUGAAUAAGAGAAUCGUAUUUUAUGACAGUCAUUAAUAUGGAAAUCGUAUGUUAUGACUGUCAUGAAUAUGGAAAUCGUAUGUUAUGACUGUCAUGAAUAUGGAAAUUGUAUGUUAUGACUGUCAUGAAUAUGGAAAUUGUAUGUUAUGACUGUCAUGAAUAUGGAAAUUGUAUGUUAUGACUGUCAUGAAUAUGGAAAUUGUAUGUUAUGAAUGUCAUGAAUAUGGAGAUUGUAUGUUAUGACUGUCAUGAAUAUGGAAAUUGUAUGUUCUCUCUGUUCUAAAACUAAGGGUCAUUUUCUGCUAGUAUAUAAAUGUCUUGUAGAUUUUGGCAAAUAAGGAUUUUUGUAAUUACGUUUCAAAAUGCAUGUUUUGAUUGUAGGAGGAAAAUAAGUAUAGUAUAUUGAUACAAAAGAAUUUACAUGUAUAUCCUGUUAAUUUUGAGGAAAAAACUAUGUAUGAAAAAUGUGUCUAAACUGUGAUAUUCCUUUUUUCCAUAUAUUAUUCUGUGAACUUUUUGAUGAUUAUUUAAUUUUCAGAUACUUGGAUAUAGAAUAUGUAUCUUUACAUGUUAAAGCUAUGCCAUUGGGUUGUUACAUAGGUCUUGGUUUUGUAAUUUGAUGUUGUGUUUGCAUAACAAGAAAUCAUGCAUAAUUUAUACCAGAUUUGUGUUAUUGGAAUUUCGAGAAAUAUUUUCCCCUCCUGACUUCUUGAGAAAAAAUUUUCAAAAUGAAUGCAACUAUUUUCAAAACUUACCAAGUUUGUUCAAAUGAAUGACUAUGACCUACUAAAUAUAACAAGGGUCAAAAAUAAAUUAAUGAUUCAUAUUUGAAACUCUAUUUGUUAAAAUUUCUUCAUCAGUAUAUAUAUAUAGGACAUGGAUAUUGAUGAACAUAUAAUGUAUUCAGUUUGUAUCACAGUUGUUAAAAAGGAAACUUUGGCUUAUUAAAUACAAUUCCAUAACUCAA